AUGGAGUUUCCACAUUUAGGAGCACACUGCAAUGUACAAUAUUGUAAACAAUUGGAUUAUUUACCAUUUGAAUGUGAAUUUUGUAAAUUAAAGUUUUGUGCAGAACAUAAAGAUUGUAAACAACAUAGAUGUACAAAAUAUGAAAGUAGAGAUAGAAGAGUUGAACCAUGUCCAGAGUGUAACGAGAUGAUACUGGUAUUGGAGAAUCAACAUUUAGAUGAAGUAUUGGCAAGACAUUUAUAUAGUGAAUGUCAAGGUCCAAACUCUUCAAAACAACCACCAAAACCAAAGAGUUUUCCAUGUACUCUACAAGGAUGUAAAGGAAAAGAAUUUGUUCAAGUUAUUUGUGAUAAAUGUAAACAAAAUUUUUGUUUAAAACAUCGAUUCCCAACUGGACAUAAAUGUUCACAUGAUAUAAAAUCUAAUAAUAAUACAUCACCAUCUUUAUUCAAGACCAAUACAACUAAUACAACUAAAACUACUACGACCAAAAAAAUUGAAUCAGAUUAUUUAACACAACAAAGAAAACAACAAGAAGAAUUAAGAGCAGUUAGAGCAAGACAACAAGAAUCAUAUAAAACAAAUCAAGAAGCAUCAGUUUGUGAAAUUAAUAUUCUAUUGACCAAUGGAGAAAUGUUGAAAAAGAAAUUUAGUAAAAACGAUACCUUUAGAGAGAUUCAAAGAUAUAUUAAUCAAUUUAGAACCGAUGGAAGAGGUCCUUAUGCAAUCAUUAGUGAAACCAAUCCUGCUCCAUUUUCAGUAAAUGAUUUGGAUUGUACCAUUGGUGAAUUAAAUCUUUAUCCAUCUGCUAAUCUUGUUAUUGUUGUAAGUUAA